ACGCCGCACGUCAACUGUGUCGCUAGGGGGUCGCUGCGCAGUUAAUGUAGUGGUGGUCCGCUCCAGCCCAUGUCCUGGAUCCGAGUGAUCGCGGCCAGGACGAUGAGCGUCGCGGCGGGAUCGGUUGAGGCUCCGGGCUCGGCUGUGGGUCCGAGCAGCGCGCCCAAACUACUGAGACUGGCCGCAGUCCCGGGGACGGAACCGCACAAGGUGAACGACAUGCUGCUGCUCCUGCGGCCUGCGUGGCCCGGGGCGCCGGCACGGGGUGGGAGUGUGUGCGGGACCGGGAACCCCGAGGAGCGGCAGCGGGAGCAGCAUCAUCAUCAGCACGUCGUGUUUUUCCCGGGAGACAUACAGAACUUCCAGGAGGAGAUGGUGCAGCACGCAGAAGGUGCCCAGUGGCAAAACUGGAGCUUUGAGUGUGUGGCACUGAUCCUGGGCCGCCGCUUUCCCAGGCACCACGUGUGGGUGGUUAGGGCAUCACGCAUGUAUCUGCACAAGUUCAGCAGCUACUGCAACUUCGUCCAGAGCAAUCUGUUCGGGGCUCCGGAGCACUCGGCUGACCACGGGGCAGUGCGCCACCUGAAGGCGCUACUGAGCAACGGCCUGGAGCGUGCCGGCCUCAGGUCCUCGGCUAGUGUGUUUCCACCCCCAGGCUUCUCUUUGGUCCUGGUGGGCUUCAGCAAGGGUUGUGUGGUGCUCAACCAGAUAGUGCACGAGCUGGAGGGGGUGCAAGCAGACUCUGACCUGGCACCCUUCCUCAGCUCCAUCACAGAUAUCUACUGGCUUGACGGAGGCCAUCCAGGGGGCAGUGGGACCUGGGUGACCGAGCAGCGGGUUCUGGAGGUUCUGGCGGCCAGUGGGAUAGCGCUACAUGCCCACGUCACCCCCUACGAAGUGAGAGACCCGAUGCGAUCUUGGGUGGGCCACGAGCACCAACGCUUUGUUCGUAUGCUGGAAGGGCUCGGAGCUCACCUUAGCAACACGCUGCACUUUGAGGAUGAACCCGCCUCCAUUGACAACCACUUCCGGGUCAUUCUGGAGUUCUGAGCGAGGAAUAGAAAUCAUCAGGAAGGAAUAAGGAAAAUGAGGACGUAUUUGGAAGAAGCUGAAUCUUGUCCACGGUGUGGAGCUAUCGUCUUGGCUUUGAAGGGACACGUUCUGCUCCGGCUGGGGAGAGUUGAGUGAAGUGAACCGGUUUGUUUGCCGCCAUUCUGUUUGUUUUUUAGUGAUCAGCGACAGGUUUAUAACUUAGAUGAGGUGCAAACGAACUGAUGGAAAGUGCUCAAGGAGGACGCAAAGUUUGAACAUCACACCGUGCUCAGUGAUGGAUGGGCUUUCUCUGAGCGGAAAGACCUAGACUUGAUACCGUCUGCAUGCAAAGUAUUGCAACAUUUAGUCACCAUUUGCCUUUUCUCAAAAUUAGCAUCUUCUUUUGAAGACGACAACCAUUUAUUUAGCAACUCAUCCUUGUGACAGACAUGGCUGUUUAUUGGUACUCAGGAGAAACUGCAUCUUGAGUGCCCUAGCAAAAGCUUGACUUCCUGCCAUGCCAGUUUGUGCAUUCUGUCUUUUUUCCCGCUGGACACCUUCUGAAUGACAUUUGAAUGUAAUUGGUGUAUUGCAUUAAUGUCUUUGUGAUGCGACUGUUGGAAGCAACUGUCACAGGGACGAUUGGGCGUGGGAGAGGCACAUGGAUGGCCACUCGGACACAGGCCAGAUGGGGAAGCCAGGGGAGUUGUAGUUAGAGUUGGAUGAUCAGAUAUGCAAAAUAGGUAGAGAGUUGUAAACUAUGAAGGUUAUCUUGCAUAAAAGUAUUUGUUGAGCAAUUAAAUAUUGGCUACAAGUGUUGACAUGCAAGAGAUACACCACAAGGGAAGAUAAGCUGUCUUUUUGCCCCAGUCUCCUGAUCACUGCCUUUGGACAGUGUCCCCACAGCCUCCUCGCAGCCUGAUCAGAGUGAUAAAAGGAUGGGCAGAGCAUCAUGUUCUACAGAUAUCUACUUGCUCAUUUCCAAAGAAGGACAGUGGAUAUCAAAAGUCUACAACAUACCAAAAUAUGCUUCUACAAAUGAUGACUU